AUGCAGGGCCGUGUGUAUCAGCUGUUGCUGUUGAAUGCUUUGACCAGUGGUCUGGAGGUGUGUAUGGCUGCAGGGACCUUCUAUAUCCCCCCUCUACUGCUGCAGGCCGGCAUGGAGGAACGCUACAUGACCAUGGUGCUGGGUAAGUCAACACUCUAUGACCAUAUUGUCAUUCUUGAAUGACCGUAGUGUGAACACUGUAUGACCAUGGUUGGAAUAAAUCAUUUGUUCUCCAGCUCUGAAGUAGAUCUCCUUCUCUCCCUUCCCCUUCUCUUUCUCUCUCUCUCUCUUUCUGCUGGGCCUGCAGGUGAUGCCCCAGUUCUCUCACCUAGCUGCCUUGCUCUACCCGCAGCAGCCCCACUGGCUGGAGAGGGUCCUGCUGGCGGGGUCAGCCUGUCUGCUGGAGUUCUCUGGGCAGGUGGAGCAGAAAAUAUAUUAUUAAAUAGUAUAAAUACACUAGUGCUGUAUCUGAUUGAGUUGAAGUGAAGUAGUUCAUAUGCUUGUAAUUGCUGUAGUUUACCUGCAUACCUGCAUUUUGCUUGGAUAACAUUGUGAUGUAGAUGUUUCUGACUAUAUUUGCAUUCUUUAUUUGAAUUCAAACUGGCUUUUGUGCUCCUUACUGUGUGUGUAUGUGUGCAUGUGUGUGUGUGUGUGUGGUGUUUCUAGCAGCUAAAUGACUGUUGUGCUCCACAGGACUGUUUCACGCCGCAGGAAGCUCUGAUCUCAGACCAGUUCCCAGGAGAGGAGGAGAGCAGAAGAGCCUUCUCUGUCUGGGAGGAUGCCUGGGGUAAGGGACCUCUCUCUCUCUCUCUCUCUCUCUCUCUCUCUCUCUCAGUCUAUUCCUUAAAGAUCAGCCUCAGGUGCUUACUGGGGCAGGGUACCUCUCUCCAUAGUGGAUUGGACAGAGAUCAUAUCAUACAAGAGACCAGAGUCCACCUAUGUGAUCCCUCUCUGUCUCAUCCUAGGUACCUGCUCCCAGCCCUGGACUGGAGCCAUGCCCCCACAGCAGCCUACGUGGGCGGCCAGGAGGCCUUCAUCUAUGCCCUGCUCACACUCAUCUUCCUCACCUGCCUCCUCAGCACAGUCUUCAUCUCAGAGGAAAGAUGCACCGGCUGGGGAGAGACAACCAGGAAGGAUGCUAGCAUUAGCUCCGCCCUGAGCCGAUACUGUGCACACCCCUUGCCGCCGCGGCCCAAGUGUGUGCGGCUGGCGGUGGGGCGGAGUUUGUCGCUGUGUGUGUCGGCACUGCCGCGCAUGUACAGUGUGUGUAUGCACGUGCCGGCAGUCAUACGCAGGCUGUUUGUAGCGGAACUGUUCAGCUGGAUGGCUCUGAUGAGCUUCAUGCUAUUCUACACAGACUUUAUGGGAGUGGGGCUGUACCAGGGAAUACCCAACGCUACACCUGGAACAUAG